AUGUCUGGCAUUACCCUGCUCGCUUGUAAGAGCCUGGCGCGUCCUUGUCCCACGGAAGAACCAGGCACAGAGAGACGAGGUGUUAGCCAAGUCACUCCUUCGGCACGAAGUAACCUUCUUCUCUCGCAGCAGCAGCAGCAGGAUGAGGAGGACGGUGCUAGCGGGCAACCGCACGUGAUAUUUAUCCUGAUCGACGAUGUCGGUACGAACGACAUGGGCUACCGAAGCACGGAUCUUUGGGAGCUGACGCCGUUCUUGGACUCCCUGGCCUCAAGUGGGGUUGUCCUCGACAACUACUACACGAAUCAACUCUGUACGCCCUCCCGGGUAAGUUUCUGCUAG